AGCGGCUGAAUGAAGUAGACGGGAGGAAGUGGCUGUUAAUGCAGCUCCACACCUUUCCGGGGUAGCAGCACUGCGACCAGCUCCACUCAAAGGAGAAAGACGAGAGCAGGGUGUAUUUAUCAACACAGGAGGGGUAGAUAGGAGGGGGACAGGAGUUUCGCGAGUGGAUACGUGUGUUGUUGAGUCACCGAGGGCUUUUUUUCGAAGUCUUCCCAUCCACGGUGAAGUCACCCGGCGCGACGCUUGAUGGAGUAGCCGCAGAAAGCUGCUUUUCUCUGGUAGCGGUGAAGAGAACAAGGGCGCACCCGGUGAGGAGCACCGCCACACACAAACCACCAGAAGGAAUUCACAAGUACCGCGGCUUUUUUAGGGGGCCUUAAAUACACGCCGUGUCUGCUCUCUGCAGUUCCCAAUCGCCACGGCCCUCAUUUGUCACACCGCUUUCUGCUGAUUUGGGCAAUACAAUGAACGUCCUGCAACAGCUGCUGCCAAGUUCUUAGUGUGACCGUGCCAUGUUGUGUGCAGGCCCUGACAACAGUGUGCUACUCUGAACAUAAAUGUCCCUGCACUUAACAGGAUCCUGACAGACUUUCAAGUCCCAAAGAAGUACUGUUUGUUAUAUCUUAACAUGUGCGUGCAUUUUUGACUUUUUUCCCCCUCAGAUAUGCUCUUCACCGAGUCAUGUUUUCACCAGUAAGCCCAUAAUAAAGCUGAAGCUGUAUUGUAAGUGAGUAAUCAUCAGCAACGGUAUCAGAAACUUUUUUUUCUCGUUAGGAGCAAAGUAUUUAUGCACAAGAGUUCAAAAUGGGGAAAAUGCUCUCAAAAAUUUUUGGCAACAAGGAGAUGAGAAUAUUGAUGCUUGGACUUGAUGCUGCUGGAAAGACAACAAUCCUUUACAAACUGAAACUCGGACAGUCUGUGACCACAAUCCCCACAGUCGGCUUCAAUGUGGAAACUGUCACCUACAAAAAUGUCAAGUUCAACGUGUGGGAUGUUGGAGGCCAGGAUAAGAUUCGUCCCCUGUGGCGACACUACUACACAGGCACCCAGGGGUUAAUUUUUGUGGUGGAUUGCGCGGACAGGGAUCGGAUCGACGAGGCACGGCAGGAACUCCACCGCAUCAUUAAUGACCGGGAGAUGAGGGAUGCCAUCAUCUUGAUAUUCGCCAAUAAGCAAGACCUUCCGGAUGCCAUGAAGCCACAUGAAAUCCAAGAGAAGCUCGGAUUGACCCGCAUCAGAGAUAGGAAUUGGUAUGUUCAGCCCUCCUGUGCGACCACAGGUGAUGGACUGUAUGAGGGCUUGACAUGGCUAACCUCAAAUUACAAAUCUUAAUGAUUGAGUGCUGACUGUUUUAGGUCAAAACUGUAAUAAAGUUGCAAGUAACAAAUAACUUCUCGAAAUGAGUAUGGUUAAGAAAUUUGAUUAUCUCCCAUUUAUUUUUAAUACUACGUUUACCCCAUGACUAAUUUAUCUUUAACUGGGUUUGCCGGCUUAAAGUUUGCUUGUACUCUGUAGCAGGCCUAUAUCACAUUCAUUAUAUUGGGGCUUCCUUGAUGAAUAUUGAAUUAAUUGAUUCUAAGGUUAAAGCCACAGAGAUCACCGCCUUUGCCUGUUCUUUUUCCUGUUUUAUAUAAUUUUUCUAAUGAAGCUGAAGUUUUUAUCUUCAUUCUUGGACUGAAGCUUGUUUCAAGGUUCUUCUGUCUCUGUUGCGUUGAGCUUGGAUCUUUUUUUCUUCUGAGGAGAGCUCUUCAAUGUCAUGUAGCCCACUUGAAGGACUUUGACAUUUGUUUUAACACAGUACUGUGAUGAAAAGUAUUCAUUCUCAAUGGUGUUGAGAAAGGGGAGGAAAAAAAGCAAGGAAAAAAUAUCACCAAUGCUUACAUUUCAUUGUCACCAGUCUGGGCAUCAGCUAAAAGAUUACUUCAGACAUGUUUUGUUACCCCACCCAGUACCCUUAUGUGGGCUAUAUAGUUAACUGAUUGACCUUUUGUGUCAUGUCUUGAUACCUGAUUGUGCUGAAUAUUCAACAAAUAGGCCUCCAGUAACUCUUAAACAUGCUUGUCGGGAUGCAUUUUUAAUUUUGGGUAAUACGUAGUCAGUUGACUCAAUCUUUCCAAAGGAAUGUCAUUCAGCUCUGUGCUCUCAAUCUGAUACCACAGUUGAUUAGUCUCAGUAUUGGGACAUUAUAUGAUAGCCUAUAUCUGUAGCAUGAGUACGAAAGUACAUUAACCCUACAUCAGAGUCCAUCUGUCGUGCAGUCAGAGGGAGCUGUUUACAGGUGAAAUGUUGAACGACACCCUGUGGUGCAGCUCUUACUCCUAUUUUGACUGGGGGAACCAUGUACAGAACAAUGUCAUUGUAAUGUCUUAUUAAAAAAGUGAUUUUAAA